AUGUACUGGGGUUUGAUCGUUUGCGCUCUAUUUAUUCCCGUAAAAUUCUGCACCGGGAAUAUCGGUUUAAGAUGCGACAUGAUACCGGAAGGCGUCACGUCUCCCAAACAAAAACAAAACACCAGAUACAAAAUCGAAAUAUCCGGCAACCCUGAGUACUACAUACCCGGCGAACAAUACACAAUAUUGUUAAACAGCGCGUCGAAAUCCAAUUCGAAGCAACAAUUCACGCACUUUAUACUUUCCAUCACCAACGAUAAAUACCAGAGAAACAACAACGGAGACUCCAACUCCGUGGGGUCCCUGCAACUCUACGGGGACACUCUGACGAAGUUCAGCGACAGUUGCCAGAACGCUGUGGUGCAAACCGACUCGCAACCCAAAUCCGAAAUCCAGAUACUUUGGAUGGCUCCAGCCAGAGUGAGCGGCUGCAUUAAAAUCCGAGCGACCGUAAUCGAGUCCGUCGAUGUUUGGUACAGCGAAGACACUCUGUUAACUAAAAUACUAUGCGCAGAAUCGCCGGAUAGCGACGAUAUCCAGCCCAAGAUACUCAAGCAUUGCUGUACUUGCGACGAGGCUAAAUACGAGACGAGGUUCAGCGAUAUCAUAGGAGCCUCGCAUAGCGUGAACUACACGUUUUGGAACUAUGGAGGGAUAGCUAGUGAAGGGAUGCGUCAGCUGGCCGAGCACGGGAAUACUAGGAUGCUAGAAAGUGAACUGAAAUCUAAAAGCGAACAUAUUAGGACAAUAAUCAAAGCAAGAGGCGUCAGUUAUCCUAACAUAACCGGCCGAACAUUCGCAGUAUUCAGAGUAGACAACAGACACCAUCUGAUGUCUAUAGUAUCGAUGAUCGAACCAUCACCAGACUGGAUCGUCGGAGUAUCAGGAUUAGAACUAUGCCUUAGAAAUUGCACUUGGAUAGAAUCGAAAAUCCUCAACCUUUAUCCAUGGGACGUCGGAACCGACGAUGGUCUUACCUACCUAUCACCAGACCAACCAUCAUCCCCCCGACAACCGAUCAGACGAUUAAAAAUCAACUCGCCCAACGACCCCAGGUCGCCUUUCUACGACACCACCGGCCAGCAGAUGAAACCGCUAGCCCGACUCAUCAUAUCCCGGCAGCGGCUCUACGAGAAGAUCUGCGACUCGGCCGCCAUGGACGAUGUAGAGGACAAUUCCAACAACUGCGAAACGGAACCGUGGUCGGAUUGGUCGCCCUGCUCGGCCACCUGCGGACGCGGCGUCAAAUACAAACAGCGCAGGUACAAGAACGACGAGUCGAAGUACAAUUGCCACAGGAAACUGACGGAGCGGGCGACCUGCGAGGCGGUGCAGAAGUACUGCAGGAUAACGCCGGCCAAGGAGCUGGCGGAUCCGAUGUGCGAGCUGGGCCCGUGGUCCGAGUGGUCCGGUUGCAGCGUGACCUGCGGCGACGGCGUGAAGACCAGAGAGAGGAAGUUCAGGAAUCGGUUCGCGGCCAAGACUUGCUUGGCGGGGAAGGUGAACCCGCCGAUUUUGCAGCAGAACCUCGAGUGUACAGGUCAAGGGAAAUGCAACGUGGUAUUGAAGCAAAAUUGUACGGAUUUCGUUUGGACUGAGUGGUCGCCUUGUUCGGUAACUUGCGGUAAAGGUAUCAAAGAAAGGUACCGGUUUCCAUCUAGAACGGAACCUUUCCACCCGUUUUCCGAAUACUACAAAACGAAAAUAACGGAAACAACGAAGAGAUCCAAAGAUUCUUGUGCUAAUGUGAUCAAAGAAACUGUGGAAUGUUUGGAGAAGCCUUGCCAAGAGGAAACCAAGCAAUACAACGAGAACCACUGUGGCCUUCCUAAGGAUUCCGGUAAUUGCAAAAGCAACAUAGACAGAUGGUAUUUCGACAUCGUGAAAGGGGAAUGCAGUAUAUUUAAUUACAGCGGUUGCGGGGGAAACAUGAACAAUUUCAAUACGUUAGAGCAAUGCCAAAUACUAUGCAACAAAUUCAAGAAGGAAUUGCGAGUAACUUCUGAAUUGAAGAAAAAAGAACUGGGAGUUUCGAUGUCGGGAGUUUUGACCUAUAAUGUUCAUCAUAAACCAGGUGAACAACCAUGUGGUAAUUACAUAACAAUAAAAGAAGAAAUUGAAUUUUUGUAAGUGGAAUUGUAAAUAAUAUUUGCUAAUUUUAUAAUUUUUAGGUACUUCAUAGAGAUGAUAAC